CACACAUUCCUAUACAUUCACAAGCAUCAUUUCAAAUUUAAAAAUUUCAAACAAACAUCAAACAGGCUCAAGAAUUUUAUUUUAUUUUAAUUUUCUCUACAUUAUGGAUCAUCUUCGUGCCUUGUAUAAAAAUAAUACAUUUUUGAGUCCAAAAGACUCAAAACGUAAAGAAGCUCAUCAAAUUCGUGCCUUCAAACGAAGUGAAUUGUACACUUCAACACGAAAUAUUUCACCCAGCCCAAAUUCCAGUCAUAAAUUAGAUCAACCAUCAACACAAACCGCCUCUCAAAAUAUUAAUAAUAAUUCUCCACGUUCACAGACGCCACAGACAACAGAUCCAAAACAAACUCGCCGAAAGGCCCAUUUAACAAGAUAUCUCGCUUGGAAAGCUGAAAAAGCUGCUAAGACACAAUCCAAAGAAAAUUCCCAACGACCUCCAUUUAUAACAAAUCCAAGAAAUGGCGCUACUACUACGCUUGCCAUAAAAAAGCCUACUUUUGGUUCAACAAACCACAUCUUUCGACCACCAGCUACAAUUCAAAAUCUAGAAUUCAAAGAAAUUAAUUCGAAUAGUGUGCGUUUGGUAAAUGGAAACCGGGAGGAAAUUUACAAUUUUGUUGCAACACCAAAAAAGAAAAUCAACAAACCGCCUUUGAGUAAGCUGACAACUAAAAAUAAUGGUCCUUUAUUACAUCCAACCGCAAAGCCUUCUUUCCCAUCCCUUCCUCAUCCAAGCACAAAGCCUUUAGUAACAAAAGUGGCAACCAGCUCUUUAAAAGGAUCAUCCAAUCCUCCUCCAAUGCAACCAACCCCAAAGCCUACAAAAGUUCUAACUGGGACUUUAAAAGCAUCAUCCUUUCCUCCUCCAUUAGAUCCAAUCAAAAAGCCUUUAGUAAGAAAAGUUCCAACUGGCUCAUUAAAGGAAUCAACCCAAACAAAGACUCCUUUAAACAAAGUGACAACUGGAGGAAAUGUCCAAGUUGGUCCCCCAACUAAACUUAAAUCGACUCCAGCUACAAGAGUCGUUGCUAGUUCCUCUUCCAAACUAUCAAACCAACCGCCUUUAAUUAAAACCGCUUCUAAAUCUGAUGAACAAGUUGGUGGUCCUUCAAAAACUACCAAAUCCGGUGUUGCCUUGCACUCAAAUACAAAAAACAAUUUAAAGUCUCAAAAUGCAACUAAAAAAGAAGUAGCUGCUUUUGCCAAGCCAAAAACAAUUGUGCCUGGAGUUAAGCGGCCAACUUUCAAAGCCCCUAAAAAGAACACAACCAUUUCGAAUGCUUUCAAGGCUGUCAAUGGCGGUAAAAGAAUUUUGAAAGAGAGCAAUGUUUUAGAAACACCAACAGAUCCGAAUGCAAAGCAUUCCUUCCUCAACAUGGUUACAUCGACAAAGAGAAAGUCAUUCUCAUCCAAGGAACCGAGUGCCAAUUCGAUUCUUGUUGAAAUGGAAAACUUGGUCAGUCCAAUAGACGAUUCAACAACAACAACAAAUCCAGCAGAUGAUAAGAAAUUUAAUUUCAUUCGUUAUUCAUUCGUUCAAUCGGAGGAUGCAGCUAAAUCUGAAGAAGAAAAGCCUGAUGAAGUAGUCCAUGUAACUCCGGACAAAUCUGCACAGCCACAACCGCCAACAACAUAUCUAAGUCCAUAUGUUUCAGUGUCAAGAGGAAAGGUUGGAAUGAAAAUUGAAAAAGAAAAACGAAACAGUCUAUACAUGCCGUUGGAAAAGUCUGUGACAGAGUCUGUUGCAGACGACACAACAUCAACAACAGCGCGUCAUACUCUGGCCACCGUUCAUUACUAUCGCAAGCAGUUGGCAGAUGAAAUUGCCCGUUUGAAUGGCCAAUGCGACACAUGGCAUCUAUAUAAAGAAGCCAAUGCCCAUCUUGUCGAAGAUAGUGGAUCAGAUAUGAUCAAUGUGACCAUUGGUCAAACCAAAUUACUAAUAACAAAAAAGCUCAAACAGUUUGGUGACCUUAUCGAUCGUUGCGAACGUGGUGUUAUGGGAAAGGUUGCAUUGGGUAAAGGAGAUGGAGCCAAACCAAUUUUAACCGAAGAUCUGGAAGGAUUUUGGUCAAUGGUAGGCCUGCAGAUUGAAAAUGUAGACAAACGCUUUGCAAAUCUUCAACGGUGGAAAGAAAACGACUGGAAAGACCCCGAUGAAGUACUUCCAAAAUCAUCAUCAUCAACAAACAAGAAUGUCGGCAAUGUGAAGAAAAUAAAGAAACGUAAACCAACAACCACUGUUGCGCCAAAUAGGGAUUUGCAGAAAAUUCUCAGAAAUGCACAAGCCGCUUUCUUGCGCAAGAAAACAGCAAAUGGUGGUGGCUGUGAUGAAGAUGUGAUUCUAACGCCAUCUAAAAGCCGUCAGGUAUUGAUUAGGGAUCGUAGAUCGCGAUCAGCAGCGGCCACCGUUAUAACAAUUAAUACACCAAAAGUAAUUCGCAAGUCAUCUGAUUUAGAUGAAACAACAACAACACCAACUGGAGUCAUUUCAGAUACAAAGAUUUUGCCACAUGUUAGUGGUUUUCGAAAAAGCAUGAAUCUUUUUAAGAGUGCUCUUCUCCAACAAACGGACAAAAAAUCUCCUUUAAAUUGUGUUUCUCCAUUGCCCAGUGUUUCAAGAAAAUCCAUCUUAAAGACUCCCGGUUCUGCUGUACGUCGUCGGCCUAAGAGUGUCAUAUUUAAUAGCCCAACAUUUAAAUUUACCGUAGAAGAUAAAGCAUCCCCAAUAGAAGAGCAAAGUACAUUCAAUACACAAGAAGAAAAUGAACGUAUGUAUUCAUUGAGAAAUAGGAAAAUUAAAUUAAGAAAAUCGUCGGAAAUUAUUAUCCCCAAAUAAAAAAAAAAUGGGUUAAUUUUAAUUAUUUGAGCUUAAAAGCGUUUUUUGUUAUUUAUUUUAAUUUGUAUAUACAUACAUGUUUGUUUUAGUCGUAGAAAUCAUUUUUAUACUUAAUACUUUCGUAUUUAAUAUUUUAAAUUUGGAUUCAUAAUGUUGUAGUAAAUAAUAAAUAAA